AUGGAGGAGCAGCAGCCGGAGCAAUAUUUUUUGCACGGGACACUUUUUGCAACAAUAUAUGGGAUUGAUGAGCUACAUUAUGGAUGUAGAGAGAAUUUUUGCCUUGGGUUGUUAGGUCCACAGCUGUAUGCAACAGUCGAUCUAGACAAAGCUAGGGUCGCCCGCACCAUGAUUGUAAGACGUAAAGAGAACUUCCGCAUAUAUUGUGCCCAUUUGAUCUCACAUGUUAUAUUCACUGUAAAGGAUAACAGUCCCAUUGGGGCAGUGCUAAUAGGCCGAGCUUAUUUGCCUGUCAAAGACAUAAUCGAUGGGUCUACCGUGACUCGCGAUAUUCAAAUCCUUGAUGAGGAGCAGAAGCCAAUACCCGGACAGUCCAUAAUCCAUAUUAAGUUGCAGUUUCAAAGUGUCUCCGAGGAUGAAAGUUGGUCUAGAGGAAUUACAAACUCAGAUUUUGGAGGAGUUCCUUUUACUUUCUUUGAACAACGAGCGGGAUGCAAGGUUACCCUCUAUAAAGAUGCCAACAUUUCGGAUCGUUUCGGGCCUAAAAUACCUCUAUCUGGAGGGAUGACUUACGAACCCCGUAGAUGUUGGGAUGACAUCUUUGAGGCAAUUGAUAAGGCCAAACACUUCAUUUAUAUAACUGGUUGGUCUGUUUACUCACAGAUGACUUUGAUUAGGGAUCCAAGUAAGCAAAAGCCUGGAAGUGAAGAAGCACUUGGGCAGCUGCUUUUGAGGAAGGCUAAGGAAGGGAUGAGAAGCAAGGCUUGA